UGUGCUAACUGCUUAUCGACUUUAUGAAUUUUAUCGUAACACAUUCUCUGUACGGUCGAUUUUCGAGCUUCACCGAGAUUUCGUCUACUGUUAAUUUUUUGUCGUGUCUGCACUCGCCUGUCACAGUCCCGUUUUAUUUAACACACUCUUGCUUUUAUCUUAUAAAUAUAUUUAAUUAUUCAAUAUUAAUUAUUUGUACGAAUAGACUAAUUACGACAUUUCGCGCACACGGACUAUUAUCUAAAACAAAUUAAGGUAUCAAAUAUAUUUACUAGUAUUGUCGUCGACCAUUUUUUUUCUCGCAGUUCUUUAAACUGCAUUUCACUAAUUGACGGGACUUCUUGAAUAUUUGGCGUUAGCAUGAUAAUGGCCUGGCAACCGCAAGAAGAAGGAUUACGGCAAAUAAUUCAGCUGCUUAAAGAAUCCCAGUCGCCUGACACGGUUAUACAACGGACUGUACAACAAAAAUUGGAAGAGCUCAAUCAAGUAACAGACUUUAACAAUUAUUUGAUAUUUGUAUUGACAAAACUUACUUCUGAAGAUGAGCCUACAAGAUCAUUAAGUGGUUUGAUAUUGAAAAAUAACAUCAAGAGUCACUAUGAAAAUUUACCUCCUACAGUCACAGAGUUUGUAAAGUCUGAAUGUCUAACUGCAGUUGGAGAUACUUCAGCUUUAAUAAGAGCAACUGUUGGAAUUUUAAUCACAACAAUAGCAUCUCGUGGUAUCAAUACCUGGCCUGAACUUUUACCUGCUCUUUGUCAAAUGCUUGAUUCUGCAGAUUAUAAUGUUUGCGAGGGUGCUUUUGGAGCUUUACAAAAAAUAUGUGAAGAUUCAUCUGAAUAUUUAGAAGACGAUCGACAAAACAAGCCACUUGAUAUCCUUAUUCCAAAGUUUUUACAAUUUUUUAAACAUUCAAGUCCAAAAAUUAGAUCACAUGCGAUUGGAUGUGUAAAUCAAUUUAUUGUACAGAAAACACCAUCCUUAAUGAAUCACAUUGAUAUGUUUUUAGAGAAUUUAUUUCAUUUGGCUGUUGACGAUGAAGCAGAAGUCAGAAAAAAUGUUUGUAGAGCAAUUGUUAUGCUUCUAGAAGUAAGAAUGGAUCGAUUACUUCCCCAUUUACAUGAUAUUAUUGAGUACAUGUUGUUAAGAACCCAAGAUCCAGAUGAAAAUGUUGCAUUAGAAGCAUGUGAAUUUUGGCUAUCAAUUGCUGACCAACAAAUAUGUAAAGAAGCUCUUACACCAUAUUUACCUAGACUAGUACCUAUUCUUGUUAACGGAAUGCGAUACUCGGAAAUAGAUAUAAUUUUAUUAAAGGGUGAUGUUGAAGAAGAUGAAAAUGUUCCUGAUCGUGAAGAAGAUAUUCGCCCUAGAUUUCAUAAGUCGCGUAAUACACAUGGUAAUGAAGAAGAUAAUAAUGAUGAAGAAGAUGAUGAUGAGAAUGUAGGAGAUGAUAACAGUUUAUCUGAUUGGAACUUAAGAAAAUGUAGUGCUGCUGCUUUAGAUGUAUUAGCUAAUGUAUUUAAAGAAGAUAUUCUUCCAAUACUUAUGCCUAUUUUAAAAGAAACACUUUCAUCUACUGAAUGGGAAGUCAAAGAAUCUGGAAUCUUAGCUCUAGGAGCUAUUGCUGAAGGAUGCAUGAAUGGUAUGAUACCACAUUUAAAUGAACUUAUACCGUAUAUGAUAAAUCAUUUGAGUGACAAAAAAGCAUUAGUUCGAGCUAUCAUAUGUUGGACACUUUCUCGUUAUUGCCACUGGGUUGUUAGUCAACCACAUGAAUUAUAUUUAAAAUCAAUGAUGCAUGAAUUACUUAAACGAAUAUUGGAUUCCAACAAAAGAGUUCAAGAAGCUGCAUGCUCUGCUUUUGCCACAUUAGAAGAAGAAGCAACUACUGAACUUGUACCAUAUUUAGGAUUUAUUUUAGAAACAUUAGUCUUUGCUUUUAGCAAAUAUCAACAUAAAAAUUUACUGAUUUUGUAUGAUGCAAUUGGAACAUUGGCUGAUUCAGUUGGUCAUAAUUUAAAUAAACCAGAGUAUAUUAACUUAUUGAUGCCUCCAUUAAUUCAAAAAUGGAACGCAUUGAAAGACGAAGAUAAAGAUCUGUUUCCAUUAUUAGAAUGUUUAUCUAGUGUUGCCACAGCAUUACAAUCUGGAUUCAUGCCAUAUGCUGAGCCAGUAUUUAAACGAUGUAUUUCUCUAGUCGAACAAACAUUAAACCAAAAUAUAGCAAACUCUCAAAGUCCAGACCAGUUUGAUGCACCAGAUAAGGAUUUUAUGAUUGUAGCUCUAGACCUACUCUCAGGCUUAGCAGAAGGACUAACAACAUUUAUUGAAAGUUUAAUAAAUGGUUCAAAUACAUUACAAUUGCUUUAUCAGUGCAUGCAAGAUCCAUUAGCAGAAGUAAGGCAAAGUUCUUUUGCUCUUCUGGGAGAUUUGACAAAAGCAUGUUUUCAACAUGUACAUCCUUGUAUAGCUGAUUUUAUGCCAAUAUUAGCUCAAAAUUUAAAUCCUGAUCAUAUCUCAGUUUGUAAUAAUGCUACAUGGGCAAUAGGAGAAAUUGCAGUAAAAUUGGGUACUGAAAUGCAACCAUAUGUACCAAUAAUUUUAAAUCAAUUAGUAAUAACUAUGAAUCGGACAAAUACACCUAAAACUCUACUAGAAAAUACAGCAAUUACAAUCGGCCGACUAGGUUAUGUGUGCCCUCAAGACGUCGCCCCGCUGUUACAACAGUUUGUACGCAUGUGGUGUACUUCAUUGCGCAAUAUCAGAGACAAUGAUGAAAAAGAUAGUGCAUUUAGAGGUAUGUGUCAAAUGAUUAGUCUAAAUCCUGGUGGAGUAGUUCAAGAUUUUAUAUUCUUCUGUGAUGCUAUUGCUUCAUGGAUAAAUCCUAAAGAUGACUUAAAGGAUAUGUUUUAUAAAAUAUUACAUGGCUUUAAAAAUCAAGUUGGAGAAGAAAAUUGGACUAGGUUUACUGAUCAAUUUCCUCAACAGUUGAAAGAACGCCUAUCAACUGCAUACGGAAUCUAAGACAACUCUGAAAUUUGGGGCGCAACAUGGGUGAAUCCAGCGUUGCAUCUUUUGGGGUUUUUUCAACAGGCUUUGUGCUUGAGACCUGGCUCGUCUUGUAGGACCUGCGGGAGGGAAGGGAGGGGGGGAUUAUUACAAAAUCAAUAAUACCUAACAAG